AUCCGCCAAAAAAAGGAAAAAGAAGAAGAAAAAGUAGCAGUAGAAGUAGUGGCGUCAACAUCAGCACUCCACGGAAGCUAUGGCAAAUGACAAGAAUCCUCUGGACCAGCUCAAGGACCUAGUGGAGCUGAAGGACCAGCUGGAGGACAUUCAGAGACGGGUGGAGGAUGAGAUACAGGCUGGAGUUCCACCAGGAGGCAGUCUGCUAGCUUCUCCUUUCCUGAAGGGUUUCCUGGCUGGAUACAUUGUUGCUAGGCUACGCUCUUCAGCGUUGCUGGGUGUUGCCGUAGGAACCUGUACAGGAAUCUAUGCCGCACAAAAUUAUUCCAUUCCCAAUGUUGAAAACACCAUCAAAGACUACAUAAGCAACCUGAAAGGAGGACACAAAUGAGAAGACAGUAGGAAAAGUAAGAAUAAAAGAAAGGAGGAGGAAGAUGAGAGAAAUCUACAAGGAGAGGGUGCCAAUAUAACUACAAACAGGGAAGUAUUAGUUUUAAAAAAAGAUUUAAUAAUAAUAAUAAUGCAUCAGAUUUAUAUAGUGCUUUUCCCAAUGCUCAAAAGCACGUAUUAAAAUAAUUACAUAUAGUAUAUAAUAAAUAGGAAAAAUCUCAAGUGUCAAACAAAUUUAUAAUGGUGAUUGGUUUCGUAAUUCUUUUUUAAAUUCGCCUGAAUCUUUUGUUAUGGUAAUGCUCGGAGCCUGUAGCAAAUAAGGGAAGGUCAUGUGAUUGUUUAACUAAAACAAAGAGAUUAAAAUAUACAAAAGUAAUUUUCAUUCAACUAAAAUCACAAAAAUUGGGCAUUCAGUUAAUAUAACUUGCUGAAACUACAACCAGACCAACAAAAAGGAAUGUUAAAUUACUAAUAAAAAUUUUAAAUCCUACCGAACUCAUUGUGGUACAAGAGAGAAGGGAGCUCAACCGUAUACCAGUAUGACCUGUACUACGAGAACCUGAAGUGAUGUCGGACCAUUUGUGCUGCUGAAGCAGAGGAGAGAAUGGGUUAAUGUGUCACAAGGUUAAUCACACUGUACUGUUUAUUCAUGAUCAUGAGAAAUAUUGAUCAGUGUGUGGAUCAUUGUUCUAAUAAAAUAUAUAGUUUUUUGUUUUUGUCACUA